AUAGCAACUUUACUGUACAGCAAGUCAAUUAAGUUAUAGUGUGAAGGAUUCGAAGUCAGUCUACGUCGUCUUUGAUUUGACUAAAUGCAUUGCAAUGAUUGAAAAAGUAGUCUCAAUGUCACAAUUUAAUGUGACUAACGUAAUACCGUUAUAUAGUGGCCGUAGAAUACAAGCUACUCUUUUAUUUAAUUUAGUUUUUUGGCCUCAGCCCAAGCUCCCCCUCCCCCACCUUAACAAGCUAGCUAGCAUGUUUGGGCACCAUAAUGGAGGAACAGACGUUGUUUUCAAUGGGAUGUGUAACGGAUGUUUUUUUUUUAAGCCAAUCACCCAGUAUAGAGGACAGCAAAGCCAGAUGGCCCGCUCUAUUUGAGACAUCUCACAUCCAGGAUGAGUUUCACAGAAUCACAAUGGUGCAUCUUGAAUCAAAGUUCAUGUCCAAACUGGAUGAAUAUACUCCUCGACUUCUGAACCUCUUCCACUCCAAGGGCGGAAACAUGGGGUUGAGAUUGCAGGCUGUCCUACUCAAGACUCCAAGCAAUCCUGACAUCAACAUGACCAGAGAUGUUAUCAUUCGAUGUUUGAUGCUGUACCUUGGGGAAUCUACAGAUCAACUCUUAAAAGAGUACGAUGAUGCUGAUGAAGACAGUGUGUCACAGGACCUUGCUGUUCAAAGCCUGAAGAUCUACAACAUCAAAGCUAACACGUCAGAGGAUCCAGACAUCGGUAUCGUGGUGGACGGCGUGAAAAUUCUAACUGCUCUGGGUAACUUUCCAAGGGCUUGCUCCCUGCUUGUUGGGUUGGCGUAUGCUGUGAAUCUUGCCUAUCCAAAGGAGCUCAGAUACACGUUUGAAGUGUUUCAGAAACUUCUCCUCGGGCUGGAUAGUUCAAAGCUCUCCCCAAAAGUGAACAGCCUCAGGAAUAAACUACUAGCUUAAGAAAACGGACCCUUGCUAAACAAAAGGGAAUAGACAAGUCACUGUGAAAACCAACACGCAAAACUUUGUGAAAUGCUCUGUGAAGUUAGUUAAAAUUAGGGUAAUUUUCAGUUCAGUGGAUUUCUGCAUGUGUAUUUUUUCUUGCAGUACAUUACAGUUAACCACCCUUUCUAAGGACUGACCCCUUGUUCUCAUGUGUGGUAGUGCGGCCUGUUAUAUGGCUUUGGAUCUGUUCAGGUCUGUCACAUGAGCCCUUGUCCCUUUUAUACAGCAUAGAGCAUCCACUAUUGCCUUUUUGGAGAGUCCAUGCAGGUUUCACCACUGAAGGGUGAUGAUCUGCAGACUGCAAAACUUUGUUGUGUUUCAUUUGCACUUUAUAUAAUAUGUUUUUGUUCAGUUCUGUCUUUCAACUUAUUUUUCGAAAAGGAAAGUAAGUGUCACGGAGCCAAGGGCCCCAACACAGUGACAAGAUGUAGCAUAAACAUACAAAAAAAGAAAAUGGAAGUUUUUAUGCCUCAAAGGUCUCGCACAUCUCUCACAUCUUGUCAUGUGUUUUCCCGAGGUAAGUUUUAUGUGCAUACUUGUUUUGUGCUCUGCAUGCCUCUUAAACAUAAAGUGAACUCUUAUGUGAUUGAUAAAUUGUUGAAGCAAGCUUAACUGGUCCAAGUUGAUUGUUGUUGAUGUGAUGGUUCUAAAAAAUCAUGUUAACUAUACUUUGAGCAGAGUGGCACUAUGUUUUUGACUUGAUACUGAUAUAUAUUGCCCCUUCUCUGUUUUAUUGUUGUAUUUUGGAAUUUUGCACUUGUUGGGUGCUGGAUAAACACGUUUUAUAAAGUUGCACAAAUAAAUGCUGCUGCUGUUUUAUGCAUUGUAA